UUUUUUACUGCCGCCGCCAUUAGCCCCUGCCGUUCGCCCCGGAGAGGCGUUGACUUGCUGAGGACUGGGCCGGCGCCACAGCGGCUCCACGCCUGGAGAACGAGCCGGGAAGGAGGAGAGGACUCACCGCAUUUUGUAGGGUCCGGGCCCUCUGUGGCGGGCGUGCCACCCCCCCACCUCCGGCCGCCCCCUGGGCCGCGGCCUCUGCAGCCGCCCUCAUCCCCGCAGUCGCCAAGGGCAGCGCCCGCGUCGUGGUGCCUUUUGCGCGGGGGACGCAGCGGUCCGGCCUCCCGCUGUGCGCCGAGGUCGCCAGAGCGCGCGGGAGAGGUGCGGCCAGCAGGGUGCCCCGGUGCUCGCCGCUGCAGCCUUGCUCGACCGGGGGGCCCCGUGAUGGCGGCGCCGCCGACCGGCCAGGCGCAGCAGGCGACCUGGGGCACCGGACGGAGGCGGACAGCUUUUCUGACAAGUGCGUGGACGGAAGUGGGGGACGCGGGUUGUUGAGGGAAGCCGGUGGCUGCUCCCCGUGGUCCUGCAGGACGCUCCACCGACCCUCAGCACGCCCGCCGCGAGGCCAGUGUCUGUGGCGUUUGCAGCCAGUUGUGCUGCGGGUCCUGAGGUACCCUAGCCCCAGGGAAAGGACUGGCAGCUCAGGAGGGAGAAAGGCUUAUGGUUCAUGGUGGCAUCUCCCAGACGCAUCGGAGGGGCCUGGGGAGCAAGUCCGGGCCCCUCAGUGUCUCCAGGGAGACUCCGCCCUUUCAGCUGCAUUUCCCAUGAGACUGGAGACACCUGCAGAUCCCAGAGCCCGCUGAGCACUGAGUCACUCCUGUCUAACUCUCACAGCUGUUGCUGAAGUGGGAACUAUUACUACUGUAUUGGUCCAGAAACCAAGCCUCAGAGAAGUGAUGUCCUCUUGGUAACGCAGCUGGCAAGUGUCGGUUUCAGGAGUCUGGAUGCAAGCCACAGGAGACUGACUUAAGACCUGGGGACUUGUAGUCCCUUUACCCGGGAUGCGAAGCCCUCAGCAUGGGGCAGGCAGCUAGCAGGACCAGUGAGGCUCAGAUAUCUGUGACCUUUGAUGAUGUGGCCGUGACUUUUACCCAGGAGGAGUGGGGGCAGUUGGACCCGGCCCAGAGGACCCUGUACCAGGAGGUGAUGCUGGAAAACUGUGGACUUCUGGUGUCUCUGGGGUGUCCUGUUCCUAGACCUGAGCUGAUCUACCAGCUGGAGCACAGGCAGGAGCUGUGGAUGCUGAAGGGACACCUGUCUCAGAGCGCCUAUGCAGAUGUCAAGGGAAAACCCACGACUACAGAACUUUCCAGUUGUGCACCAGCCCUGUCUGGGGGGGCCUUGUUCCAGGAACUAAGACAAGGAGACCCAGGGAACUUCCAGCUGGGUCAAACCAAGGAUCAGAGUGGGUCAUCAGAAAUGCAGGAAGGACACUUGAGACCGGGCUUAGAACCCAGGAGAGAGAAGUUCCCUGAGAAAACAAGCCCUGAGCUUGAUGGUUUAGGGGCAGCUGAUGGCGCGUGUUCACAGAUGGCACAGGAGCUGACCCAUCCAGGAGGUGCUGUCCAUGACCAUGACUCGUGUGGAUCAGGUAAAGAUCCCGUGAUUCAGGAAGAGGAAAAUACCUUUAAAUGCAGUGAAUGUGGGAAAACUUUUAAUAAAAAGCACCUUCUUGCUGGACAUGAGAAGAUUCACUCUGGAGUGAAGCCCUAUGAAUGCACCGAGUGUGGGAAAACAUUUAUUAAGAGCACACACCUCCUCCAGCACCACAUGAUCCACACGGGGGAGCGACCCUAUGAGUGCAUGGAGUGUGGGAAGGCCUUCAACCGCAAGUCCUACCUUACCCAGCACCAGCGGAUCCACAGUGGAGAGAAGCCUUAUAAGUGCAACGAAUGUGGGAAGGCCUUCACCCACCGCUCCAAUUUCGUCUUGCAUAAGAGGAGACACACCGGCGAGAAAACCUUUGUAUGCAAAGAAUGUGGGCAAGUCUUUCGACAUAGGCCAGGCUUCCUUCGACAUCACAUCAUCCACAGUGGCGAGAAUCCCUAUGAAUGCUUCGAGUGUGGCAAGGUCUUCAAACACAAGUCCUACCUCGUGUGGCACCAGCAGACUCACACUGGGGAGAAGCCCUAUGAGUGCAGUGAGUGUGGGAAAGCCUUCUGUGAGAGUGCGGCCCUCAUUCACCACUAUGUCAUCCACACUGGGGAGAAGCCCUUUGAGUGCCUGGAGUGCGGGAAGGCCUUCAACCACAGGUCGUACCUCAAGAGACACCAGAGGAUCCACACUGGGGAGAAGCCAUUUGUGUGCACUGAGUGUGGAAGGGCCUUCACCCACUGCUCUACUUUCAUCUUGCACAAAAGGGCCCACACUGGAGAAAAACCCUUUGAGUGCAAAGAAUGUGGGAAAGCCUUUAGCACUAGGAAAGACCUCAUUCGACACUUCAGCAUCCACACUGGGGAGAAGCCCUUCGAGUGCUCAGAGUGCGGGAAGGCCUUCAACCGCCGGUCAGGGCUCACGAGGCACCAGCGGAUUCAUAGCGGGGAGAAGCCCUACGAAUGCAUGGAGUGUGGGAAAUCCUUCUGCUGGAGCACCAACCUCAUUCGACACGCCAUCAUCCACACCGGAGAGAAGCCCUAUAAGUGCAGUGAGUGUGGAAAAGCCUUCAGUCGCAGCUCGUCCCUCACUCAGCAUCAGAGGAUUCAUACUGGGAGAAACCCUGUCCGUGUAACUGAAGUGGGAAGACCCUUCACAAGCGGGCAGUCCUCAGUCACCCUCCGAGAACUCCUUUUGGGGAAAGACUUCUUGAAUGUAACCACUGAGGAAAACCUUUUGCCAGAUGAAACAUCUACCGUGGCAUUAGAUCGGACCUACCAGAGAGAAACCCGCCAAGUAUCUUCACUGUGAGGAAAUCUUCCAUCCCAGACCAUCAGUAGUCCGGUAGAGAUGCGUUUUAGAGAUUGACCGAGCCCAGAGCCUUAUUCUGUGUCUGAGAAUUCAUCUGUGAGGGAGAGAGCAGGGUUUCUUGUGCACGAGGUAAAACCCUUAGCUGCAUGUUUCUCCUUCACUUCACUGCAGUGUUAUCUCAGGAGUUUUUAUAAAAAGAAGGUGGAGAUGUAGAAGAGCGAAUGAAACGAAAAUCUUUGGGGACUUCUCUGCCCAGCUUACAGCACUUUGUCAUGGAUUCACAUGUUUACGUGGGACCAGGGCAGCGUUGCAGGCGCAAUGGGCCUUGUCCCCGUGCACGUCACGUACACGUUCAUCGCUGCCCAGUGUCGGCAGGGUUAGCCCGUUGAAGACAGGCAGUAAAGUGAUAAAUGCACAUGUGAGAACACAUUUUAUUCCACCAGUUAAGACUCUAAAGCUUACAUUUUUAGAAAACUUUUUUAUUUGGUUUUAAACACCAAACAGACUUUUUUCAGACUUGUUCUUGGUCCAUCUGUUUAAUUUCUAUAGCUGUGUGGUAACCCUCAGAAUCGGGUAACGUGCUUCCGCUCUCUUUAUUUUUAUUUAAAUUGAUUUAGCUUUCCUAAUUCCUUUGACUUUUCAUAUAAAUCUUAGGAUACCAAAAAAUCUUACUUGGAUUUCUACAGGAAUUGGUUGAAAUCUGUAGCUCUGUUUAUUGAGAAUCAGCAUCAUGAACACCGUACAUGGUAUGACAUUUCAGUUGUUAAAGUCAUUCUUGAUAUUUCACUACUGUUUUAUAGUUUUUCAUCAUACAGUUUCUGUACAUUUUUGUAGAGAAUUGUAUCUAGGGGUUUUGUGUGUCUUGUGUGUGUGUAUGUGUGUGUGAUCAUAAAUGGCAUUGAUUUUUA